CAUGAGCAACGGCAGCAGUACGGCUAACCUGAGCUGGCUGGACGGCGUGGCGGCGCUGAACGCGACGCUCGACGGCAAUGACUCGGCGGCGGGAGACGACGAGGGCGGCGGGUGGCCUAUGGUGCCCGACGACCCGUGGGACGGGUCGCCCUACCCGAGCCGCUACUCGAAGCUGAGCUUCGUGGCGACCGCGUUCGUGGUCACCUGCAUCAUGAUCCUCAUCGUGGUCGGCAACAUGCUGGUGUGCAUCGCGAUCGCCACCGAGAAGACGCUCAAGACGAUCCAGAACUGGUUCAUCGCCUCCCUGGCAGUGUCCGACUUCCUGAUAGGGCUCAUCAUCAUGCCCUUCUCGCUCGCCAAGGAGCUGAUGGGCUACUGGAUCUUCGGUUCCCUCUGGUGCGACGUGCACGCCGCACUGGACGUGCUCAUCUGCACCGCCUCCAUCAACAACCUGUGCCUCAUCAGCCUGGACCGGUACUGGUCAGUCACGCACGCCGUCGAGUACCUCAAGAAGCGCACCGCCUCGCGAGCCAUGGCCAUGAUAUGUUUCGUGUGGCUCCUGUCGGCGCUCAUCUCGCUGCCUCCGCUCGUCGGCUGGAAGAAGUCCCAACAGGCCUCCGACUACCCCCAGUGUUCCGUGUCCGAGGACGUGGGUUAUGUGUUGUACUCGGCCCUCGGGUCGUUCUAUGUUCCCGCGGUCGUCAUGGUGUUUGUGUACAUCCGGAUAUUCCUGGCGGCCCGCUCGCGCGCGCGCCGGCACGUCAAGAAGCAGGCCCGGCACGUACCAGAGCUCACGAACGAUCCGGUGCGCGACAAGUCGACGACGACCACGACGACGACGUGCACCAGCUUCAGCAACCCGAGCCCGCCGGACUCCUCGGCGGCGGCGCACAAGAUGAACGGCGGCGGUGGCGGCGGCGGCGGCGGGGCGCAGCGCAGGGGCAUCCUGCCCAGCGCCGCGCCGCAGAUCAUCAUCGAGACUCCCGAAGAACCGAGCUCGACGCCGCCGUCGCCCCCGUUGCCGUCCCGCCGCCAGGAGGGCCUCGGCGGGCUCAGGGCCCCGGAGGUCGGCCUCCGAGCCGACGACUCCGAGGCGGCGCCGCUGCAGGGCUCGCACGACGCGCCGGGCUUGCUGAGCGCGCCGCAGUCGCGGAUCGCGCGCUCCCCUUACGGCUCCACGCUGUCGCUCAACGAGCGCGACGAGGACAGCGAGCUGUGCGAGUCUUCCAACGCGGCCGGAGGAGAAUCCUCGGGCGGCAGCGGCGGCGGCACCACCGGCAAGCGGGGCGGCCGCCCCACACCAACCUCCAAGCGGCGGCCGGCGCCCCCGCAGGGACUGACGUACGCAGUGGCGCGCCACAGCCCGUCAGACGCCGAGCGCCACAAGCGCAAGCUGGCCAAGGCCCGCGAGCGCCGCGCCACCAUGAUCCUCGGCCUGAUCAUGGCCGCCUUCAUCCUGGCCUGGCUGCCCUUCUUCGUCCUCUACGUGCUGGGCGCGCUCUGCAAGCGCUGUGACAUCAGCGGCACGGUGUUUGCGGUCGCCUUUUGGCUCGGCUACUGCAACUCGGCCGUCAACCCAAUCAUCUACACCAUCUUCAACCGAGACUUCCGCAAGGCCUUCCGCAAAAUCCUCUUCAAGUGAUCCUGCGCCGCCGCUGCCGCCAUCCGGCCCGGCGCUGCUGUCUUCCACGGCGCCGCCUGGCCCGCCACUGCCGCCGGCGCGGCGCAGCCUCGCCCGUCGAAGGAUCCCCGCCGCUGAAACCCCGCUCUGCCCGCCGCUCCAAAUCCUCGUUGUUUACCAUUGGGAGCCUCCACCACGAACCGAGAGAAGGCGCUCCGUGCGUGUGAAGCGCCCGCUCGCCAAACGGAGUCCGCCUUCCGCGCGCGCCCAGGGACCUGUCCACGCCGUCUGUGGCCUGUGCGUCUCGCGCAUCGACAGUCCAGCCGCGCCGCCACCACCACGCGCACACGCAGAGAGCACGUGUCGCCCCGCGGCGGCGUGAAACAACACCGAGUGCUGCUGUGCCGUGCUGUGCUCCGCGCUGCGCACACAUGCCACGACCGCACAACUGUGUAUACAUGUUUGUUAACUACCGUAGCACCUCCCUCUCUCUGACCCGCACUAGCCCCACGCGACCCGCCCUACAUGCUACGGCGCCGGCGCAUUCUACUCGUCGCAUCUACUUGCUCGGACGGUGGCACUCGGGGCGGGUGCCGCUCCAAGAUUCGACGAGGAACGCUACUAACUCUCGUACCCGCAGUUGUCUUUUUUUAUUAUUAUUAUUAUUGUUGUUCUUUCUUCCUAGAAGUGUCGGGCAUCGACUCUUCGCUAAGGCCUAGCAACACGCACAAUACACACGCAGACAAAAGAAACACAGGUCGAGUUUCGCAGCUGUUGUUGUUCUGGAUGAGACGCAUCUCGGGUGUACGUGAAAUGUCUGUAGCUUCGGGGGCUCGUUGGCCGUUCGUUAAACAGCAGGGGCAGGUUUGCUUCCUCAUAGAGAAUGCGCCAGCAGCCAUAUGAAACGACGCUGGGCGGACUUGUAAAGCCUGGCAGCAGAAUUUGUUGCCUUGCAUCGUCCCUUCACCAUUGGUGUUUAGAGCACGCGGCGGUGACCUUGCACAAAUUGGUGCGCAACGUGGUGGCGCGCUAUUGUUUAAAAUAAGUUGUGGGGACCACGCACCUUAGAGUGCCGUCCGCGACUUGACUGCAGUUAAGGCACUGUUGACAAGGUGGCUUCAUUUCGUAUGGCUGCUGGAGUACAGAGUGUGUCGUUUGGUGCCAGUGCUUUUAGGAUCAUGUCCGUUUCUUUCGUCAACGCUUUGCGCUUUUUGAGGUGUUGAAGCAAACUGUAGACGAAUAGAAACAACCGAGGGACGUUCUCAACACCAGAUGCAAGGCAAGUUUGUAUACCAAGCCUAAAAAACCUAAAUGUUUGAGGAUGUGCGAACUCGGACAGAAACACACGCACACACACGCCCAAGCACCCACGGGCAAACACAGGGCGAGCUCAUAACACGCGCACAAACACACGCUUACAAACACACACACACGCACACGCACACACACACACACACACACACACACACACACACACACACACACACACACACACGCAUAUAAGUAUAACUUACUGAGCGGUCACUGUUUCUCGUUCGCUGAUACAUAUACUAUAUAGCAACUGAAAUGUAUAUAUUGCUACCUAAUGCGAUAAAUGUCACGCUGUUCCGAACAUUUAUAAACGGGAUCUUUUAAGAGAAAGACAGAGCUUCCGGAGGGCGAGUACUUUGUGUCUUUAUUUAUUUAUUUAUUUUUUUUUUGCAACGGCGUCGCCUAUGUUAUUUUUUUUUCCUCCCCUAUGCGUGGAGUAACUCAAGCGUUCCAUCUCUAUCAAGGCACACAUAAAUACACAAUAAUAAACACCAAAGCUGCACCUUCGCCAUUUCCUCUCAUUGAAGUCAGCAGACUACAGCGCAUGCGUCAUAGAGCGAUCAAAUAGAGAGAAAAAAAUCCAAGACAACAAUGUACGCCGCCUUUUUCUCAGCUGUAUCUUAUAUCUGUUACGUAAUAUAUACUUUUUGUGUCAUAUUUUUACUGGUUUACCUGUAGUAUCUUUUUUUUAUUCGUUGCUACCCUCCCGUUCUUGUUUUUUUUUUCUUGUCUCAUCCCUCGCAAAAGUGCUAGUCAUUAAAAAAAGCUUUUAAGGCGACCACUUGUGUCACGUCAGGAUGUCUUUUAGCAGCGCUUUUCGAGAUAAAAGAGCUACUGUGGCUACACCGCAGUGUUUCUCAUGCAGUGAAGUGUCACUUGCAGUAAGAUGAAGACGCCACAAUCGUCUUUCUGGCAAAGGGCCUUGCUUGUUAAAAGAAAAUGAUGCCGGCAGCGAUACACCAUCCUUCCUGGCGUAUAUAAUUCAACACCAAAAACCAAAGAUUACUGCGUACUUGUCAGCCUGAAUGGGGACCUUGAACUGGGAAUCUUAAGAUCUGCGAUUAGCAUUCAAGAGCGGUUCUGUUUUAGCGAGACCCGUUUCAUAAUUUGCUAGUGCGCUUCUCUGCACUGCACAUUUGCCCAACUAAUCGAGGCACCGGUCAUCGUUCAAAUGAAGACGGAGUUCAAAUGAAACUAUGUCUACAUUUGCUAUGUCAUAGUACAAGCAAACUGUGCUUGUACAAGCUGUUCGCAAAAAUCAGCACGCCGCCAUUAAUUGAGCAAACUGCCUUGUUGAAAAGCUAGCUUUACAGUUAUGGAAAAGUAUCUAAAUGCGAUAACGCUUAACUUUUUUUUUUUUUCAGCUGUUCAUUCGCUGUAUGCCAAAAUUGAACAUGAAGAAGAUCGCAGCAGCAAACAGUGAAUUGUAAUUGUCAUUCCUCUACAAUAUGAGCACGUUCUUUAGUUAAGGUUAUCAAGAAAGGUCAAGCUGCCUCGAUUACUUCUACGGCCUAGCCACGUGCCGAACUUAUGCGGCAUUUGCGACGUUCACUCAACUUACAUAGUUGUGAAGCACAACACAUGCACGUCCUAUGGCACCGGGCGCAAAUUUGUACAGCCGUUCUUUGAUGAACUGCGGUUGCCUGUGACGUUCACUUCAACGUUAUAUCUCCAGCCACCUGAAAAAUAAAUAUUUUAAAUGCUUGUUGUCAUCAAAUGCGACAUUAAAUGCUAAUGUUUUCUCUUUUUUGAA